UAAAUCCCUAAUGUUCUGUUAAAUGUUGGUACUUGUUUGUGGGACUAGAGAAUUUUUUAAUCACUGUGGUGAGAAGAUCGAGGACAAAUAGGGUGAGAAUAUUAAAUGAGUGGAGGGAUUGCCAUCAAAGUGUAGAGAGAGAGAGAAGGAAGGGUUGAUUUUGAUUCCGUGCCCCAUAAACAUAAACAUAAACAUAAACCAUCUCAUCUUUCUCCAUUGAUGGCCAGUAGUGGGUAACUUGUUUUUCUUCCUCGAUUUGAUCGUUCCUUCUCUCUCUCUAUUGUGUUUUGUUUUAUGCCAGGAAUGGCAGCGUAUCAGUGGCAGUGCAGGAAAAGAGAGGGAGAGUUUUCAUUGGGAAGGUAAAAGCUUUUGUUUGUAGCAGUGAAACCUCGCCCCCUUCUCUUCAUCGCUACUAGUAGUAACUCAUCGUUUUCUCGGUGUGCCCCGCGUGCGCUCUGCUGUGUCUUCUCACUCACACCAGAGGUGUAACCGUGUAACCACUAGAAUCAUUUAUUCAUUAAUGCUGGCAACAGUGGCAUGGAAAGAAAGAUUAAUUUUUCCAAAGGAAAGAAAAACCCUCUGCAGGCUUUGCCAGAUAAGCCAAGUGGGAAAACCAAACCCUCUAUUAGUACUUACUUCAUGUAACUGACUAUAGCCACCACUAUCACUAUUUAGGAUUUUCUGUAAAAAGCCUGAUACUCUUUUACCAUAAAACCCGGGAGAGCCCUGGAAGACAAACAUCUUCAUUCAGACUUCAUAAAAUAAAAUAGAGAAGUGUUUUUUUGUUUUUUUGGUUUGUUGUAAUUAAGGCUAGCUAGUGAGUGUGUUCUACAACUGUAGUGAGCUACAGAAGGUGGUGGUAGUAGUAGGCAAAAAGGAUAAGACAGUGAGUGUGUAUGUUGUUGACAAGCAAAAGCCAUGGAGGGUAGUAGUUGCUCUAAUGACACUUCUUAUUUGUUGGCUUUUGGAGAAAACAGUGGUGGGCUAUGCCCAAUGACGAUGAUGCCUUUGGUAACUUCCCAUCAUGCAACAAAUCCUAGUAAUCCUAGUAAUAAUACUAAUAAUAAUGAAAACACAAACUGUCUCUUCAUUCCCAACUGCAGUAACAGUUCUGGAACUCCUUCUAUCAUGCUCCACAACAACAACAACACUGAUGAUGAUAACAACAAAACCAGCACUAACACUGGGUUAGGGUACUAUUUCAUGGAGAGUGACCACCAUCACCGCAACAACAACAACAAUGGAAGCUCCUCCUCCUCUUCCUCUUCUGCUGUCAAGGCCAAGAUCAUGGCUCAUCCUCACUAUCACCGUCUCUUGGCAGCUUACGUCAAUUGUCAGAAGGUUGGAGCCCCACCGGAAGUGGUGGCAAGGUUAGAAGAAGCAUGUGCUUCUGCAGCGACAAUGGCUGGUGAUGCAGCAGCAGCAGCUGGAUCAAGCUGCAUAGGUGAAGAUCCAGCUUUGGAUCAGUUCAUGGAGGCUUACUGUGAGAUGCUCACCAAGUAUGAGCAAGAACUCUCCAAACCCUUAAAGGAAGCCAUGCUCUUCCUUCAAAGGAUUGAGUGCCAGUUCAAAAAUCUUACAAUUUCUUCCACCGACUUUGCUUGCAACGAGGGUGCUGAGAGGAAUGGAUCAUCUGAAGAGGAUGUUGAUCUACACAACAUGAUAGAUCCCCAGGCAGAGGACAGGGAAUUAAAGGGUCAGCUUUUGCGCAAGUACAGCGGAUACCUGGGCAGUCUGAAGCAAGAAUUCAUGAAGAAGAGGAAGAAAGGAAAGCUACCUAAAGAAGCAAGGCAACAAUUACUUGAAUGGUGGAGCAGACAUUACAAAUGGCCUUACCCAUCCGAGUCACAGAAGCUGGCCCUUGCAGAGUCGACAGGUCUGGAUCAGAAGCAAAUCAACAACUGGUUUAUUAAUCAAAGGAAACGGCACUGGAAGCCUUCAGAGGACAUGCAGUUUGUGGUGAUGGAUCCAAGCCAUCCACACUAUUACAUGGAUAAUGUUCUGGGCAAUCCAUUUCCCAUGGAUCUCUCCCAUCCAAUGCUCUAGAAAAGUAUCCAUCCUUUGUGGGCUGAUAAUAGAUUCAUAAGCUCGUGCUGUCACUUAUUAAAACCUUAAGCAAUUAUUAAUUAAUAUGCUUUCUAGUGCUCAUAUAAGCAUUCUAAGAAAUCCUAGAUUGCUAUAUACUAUAUUUAUAGUACGCAGGUGUAUCCUGCUAGCUUAAAGAGACGGUCCUUUGUGUGGAUCAUCUAGUUCAAGGAGUUAUGAAUAAAUAAAAUUCCAUAAAUUUAAAGCUUUU